AUGGGUCUCUUGUACCUGUUUGUUCUCGCCGUGGCCGCUGCUAAUUAUCUUUGGCAUGCCAACCCAAUCCUGCUAUUUUCCCUUGUCACCAUUGCCCUUGUGGCCUUUGUCGCCUGUGUUGAGUGUUGCACUUCGGUGCGCACGUCGAUUCGUCGCAUAUAUCUACAUGGUAUCGAUAACGAGGUCCACAAACGUGCAAUCAGUCGUUUGCGUAUUGGCAUAUUCAAUCCACGGCCAGCUUUCGGUUUGAAUCUAGACCCGAUGGAGGUGUUGGUUCAGAUGACACCUGUUCAAUCGCCUGUGACAAACACUCCUGCUCUUACUUUCCCUGCGCCGGCUGCUACCGUGGGUGAUUCCAUAGCAGCUGUUUAUUCUCCGGGUCCCCUGCACUUGCAUGGCUCCCAGGUUUCUGAACAUGUCUCAGUGAUCGAAGAGUCUGUGGCCCAAGAAACUGUCGUGGCAACCAAUCAUCAAGCUACGGACGACUCAACAAGAACGUGA